AGUGGCGUCAUUGGAUGUUGAUGAACUUCUUGGAGAGCUAAGAACUUUUGAAAUCAACAACAAUUAUGACAAAGUGAAGAGUAAAGGCUUAGCUCUCAAAGCUGCUGUAGUCGAGGAAAGAGAAGAAAGCGAUGAUGAUGAAGGUCCGUUGGCAGGUGAUAGUGUGCUAAAGGAAGCACUAGCCUUAAUCGCGCGAAACUAUGGGAAGAUGAGUCAAAGGCUGUACAAGAACAAAUUUGCUAGAAAAAGGGGAACAGUUCAGCAAGAAUGUAGUGCAGGACAAGAAAAGUACUAUGCCACUCUCAAAAUCCGAUUCACAACGAGUCGAGAAAGAUCGAUGCUGGGA